AUGUCGAACUUCGGAUUCUUCAGCUGGGGAAGUCAGCCAAAGCCGCAGCCCCUAGGCGCCGACACCUCGUUCAACUCCUCGAGCGUCGUUCCAAAGACGCCAAAGACACCAAGCAUGAUCACCAACGACCACGACCGCCGUAAGCAGAUCUCCGUCCGCGGAAUCGCUCAAGUCGAGAACGUUUCCAACAUCAAGAAGGCGUUCAACCGACACCUUCACUUCUCGAUCAUCAAGGAUCGCAAUGUGGCCACCGAUCGUGACUACUACUUUGCUCUAGCCAACACCGUUAGAGAUCACUUGGUGUCCCGUUGGAUCCGCACCCAACAGCACUACUAUGACAAGGAUCCAAAGCGUGUCUACUAUCUUUCCCUGGAGUUUUACAUGGGACGCACCUUGUCGAACACCAUGAUGAACCUUGGAAUUCAAGCUACUGUUGAUGAGGCUCUCUAUCAACUCGGAUUGGAUAUUGAGGAGCUUCAAGAGAUCGAGGAGGACGCCGGACUUGGAAAUGGAGGUCUUGGACGUCUCGCCGCUUGUUUCUUGGACUCUAUGGCCACUCUUGGUAUCCCGGCCUAUGGAUACGGUCUUCGUUAUGAGUACGGAAUUUUCAAGCAACUCAUUCGUGAUGGUUGGCAGAUUGAGGAGCCUGAUGAUUGGCUCCGUUUCGGAAAUCCAUGGGAGAAGGCUCGUCCAGAGUACAUGCUCCCAGUUAAUUUCUACGGAAAAGUUGUCAAGGAGGAGGGCAAAUCCAAAUGGAUCGACACCCAAGUCGUGUUCGCCAUGCCAUACGACACCCCAGUCCCCGGAUACAAGAACAACAUCGUCAACACCCUUCGCUUGUGGUCCGCCAAGGCCGAAAAUCACUUCCAUCUGAAGUUCUUCAACGACGGAGACUACGUUCAGGCGGUGAUGGACCGAAAUCUCUCGGAGAAUAUCACUCGUGUGCUCUACCCGAAUGAUAAUAUGUUCCUCGGAAAGGAGCUCCGCCUCAAGCAACAGUAUUUCCUCGUCGCCGCCACUCUCCAAGACAUCAUCCGCCGUUUCAAGUCCUCCAUCUACGGAAACCGCGAGGCCGUCCGCAUCAACUUCGACACCUUCCCAGACAAGGUUGCCAUCCAACUCAACGACACUCAUCCAUCAAUCGGAAUCCCCGAACUCAUCCGCUUGUUCGUCGACGUUGAGGGACUCUCCUGGGAUCAGGCCUGGGACAUUUGCAUCAAGACUUAUGCCUACACCAAUCACACUCUCCUUCCAGAGGCUUUGGAGCGUUGGCCAGUGUCGUUGAUGCAGAAUCUUCUACCACGUCACUUGGAGAUUAUUUAUGAGAUUAAUCAGAAGUUUAUGAAUACUAUCUCGGAUCGAUUCCCAGGUGAUUUCGAUCGUAUGCGUCGUAUGUCGAUUGUCGAGGAGGCUGAUCAAUUCGGAGAGAAGAGAAUCAAUAUGGCUCAUCUCUGCAUUGUGGCAUCGCAUGCUAUCAAUGGUGUCGCCGCGUUGCACUCUGAUCUUCUCAAGAGCUCAACAUUCCGUGACUUCUACGAGUUCUACCCAGACCGUUUCCAAAACAAGACCAACGGAAUCACCCCUCGCCGUUGGCUCCUUCUCUCCAACCCAUCUCUCGCCGACCUGAUCGUCGAGAAGAUCGGCGAAUCGUGGAUCACCAACCUCGAUGAGCUUCAGAAGCUCAAGGAGUACGCCAACGAUCCAGGCUUCUUGGAUUCCAUCCGUCGUGUGAAGUUGGAGAACAAGCAACAAGUGGCUCAAUGGCUCUCCGACGAGUACAACGUCAGCGUCAACGCCGCCUCGUUGUUCGAUGUGCACGUGAAGAGAAUUCACGAGUACAAGAGACAGCUUCUCAAUAUCCUUCACGUCAUCGCCCUUUACAAUAGAAUAAAGGAGAAUCCAAAUAUCGAUAUGGUCAAGAGAACUGUCUUAUAUGGUGGAAAGGCUGCUCCAGGAUACCAUAUGGCUAAGCAGAUCAUUCGUCUGAUUACCGCUGUCGCUGAGCAAGUCAACAAUGACGCUAUCGUUGGAGAUCGUCUCAAAGUGAUCUUCCUGGAGAAUUACCGUGUUUCGAUGGCCGAGAAAAUCAUCCCGGCCGCGGACCUCUCCGAACAAAUCUCGACCGCUGGAACCGAGGCUUCGGGUACCGGAAACAUGAAAUUCAUGCUUAACGGAGCACUGACCAUUGGAACUUUGGAUGGAGCCAAUGUUGAGAUGGCUGAGGAGAUGGGAGAUGACAACAUCUUCAUCUUCGGAAUGAACGUGGAGGAGGUGGAGGCGCUCCAGAAGCGCGGAUAUUCUUCCCAGGAAUUCAUCAAUAAGAGUCCAGUGCUCAAGCAAAUCAUCGAGCAGAUCGAUGGAGGCAUGUUCACUCCAGAAGACCCAACACAACUUCAAGAUCUGUCCAACAUGCUCCGUCACCAUGACCGUUUCAUGGUUUGCGCUGAUUUCGAUGCCUUCAUCGAGGCUCAGGAUAAGGUCGCUGCCACAUUCCGUGAUCAAGAGAAAUGGUCUCGCAUGGCUCUCUACAACAUCGCCUCCACUGGAAAGUUCUCGACGGACCGCACGAUUGCCGAGUACGCCCGCGAGAUCUGGGGAAUCGAUCAGUUCGAGAGCUCGCUUCCGGCUCCAUAUGAGAAUGAGAAGAGCGAAUAA